AUGCCCACCGACUCGCCCUUCCCGCAGCUACCAGUGUCGGGAAUCACGAUCCCCACGACGGCGCUCACGACCGCCGCGCUGUCCUACUCGCGCGAGCACACCUCGGCGUCGACGGUGAACCACUGCCUGCGCAGCGCGGCCUUUGCGCUCAUCUUCGCGUCCAAGAUCCCGCCGUACGCCGCGGCGGACGCCGAGGCGAUCGUGCUCAGCUGCAUCCUGCACGACCUGGGCUGGGCGAUCGGCGACUCCAAGGCGCUGCUGUCGAGCGACAAGCGCUUCGAGGUCGACGGCGCGGACCUCGCGCGCGAGUUUACGCGCACGCACAGCGACUAUGACGAGGUGCGCUUGCAAGAGGUGUGGGACGCGAUCGCGCUCCACACCACGCCCAGCAUCGCACUGCACAAGCAGCCCGUCGUCGCGGCCACCGCGAUGGGCAUCCUCGCCGACUUUACCGGCCCGCACCACCCGUCCGGCCUGCUCACCGUCGCCGAGUACAAGGAGGUCGUGGGCGCGUUCCCGCGCCUCGACUUCCGCGAAGAGCUGCCCCGCGUCAUGUGUGGCCUGUGCCGCGACAAGCCGGCGACGACGUACGACAACUUUGUGGGCGAGUUUGGCGCAGAGCUGCUCGAGGGCACCGAGGGGGAGAGCUACCGCGCCGACAGGGACAAGCAUAACGUGCGGAAGAUGCUGCUCGGCGGACUCGAGGCGACCAAGCAGUAUGAGUAG